AGCGGGUGGAGUGAGGAGUGGGCGGACGCAUGCGUGCGUGGUCUGUUCGCUGCAGGAGUGGGAGCGGCGCCGGCUGAGGGAUAAGUGAGAGGUUUCAACCGGUCCUCCAAAAGAACUGCGCCUCUUGCCAUUUAUACGACUAUGUUGCUCUUCGGAAGUUUUAGUAUUUGGGUCACCCUUUGGCACUGUGUGCGCUCUCAAGAGCCAGAAUACAGUUAUGGCUGUGCUGAAGGAAGUUGUUAUCCAGCCACAGGAGAUCUAUUGAUUGGGCGAGCUGAUAAGCUCUCUGCUACCUCCACUUGUGGUUUACAUAAACCUGAGCCAUUCUGUAUUGUCAGCCACCUUCAGGAAGUAACGAAAUGCUUUUUAUGUGAUUCACGGACUCCUUUUGCCGAAAAUCAAAACAGUCACAGAAUCGAGAAUGUGGUCACAACUUUUGCUCACAACCGACUGAAUACCUGGUGGCAGUCUGAAAAUGGCAUCGAAAAUGUUUCCCUUCAACUGGAUCUGGAGGCUGAGUUCCAUUUUACCCACCUCAUUAUGACUUUCAAGACGUUUCGUCCGGCUGCUAUGAUGAUUGAACGAUCUUCAGAUUUUGGGAAGACUUGGCAGGUGUAUAGGUAUUAUGCUUAUGACUGUGAGGCAUCCUUCCCAGGUAUUUCAGCAGGAUCACUGAAGAAAGUGGAUGACAUUAUCUGUGAUUCUCGCUACUCCGAUAUUGAACCUUCUACAGAAGGAGAGGUCAUUUAUCGUGUGUUGGAUCCAGCUUUUAAAAUCGAAGAUCCUUACAGCCGAAGAAUACAAAAUAUGUUGAAGAUCACUAACCUGAGGAUAAGGUUUACUAAGCUCCAUACUUUGGGUGACAACUUACUAGACUCGCGAAUGGAAAUCAAGGAAAAAUAUUACUAUGCUAUCUAUGACAUGGUGGUUCGAGGCAAUUGUUUCUGUUAUGGACAUGCCAGUGAAUGUGCUCCCGUUCAUGAAUCUGAUGAUCAGGAUGUUGAAGGGAAGGUACAUGGUCGAUGUGUGUGUCGGCACAACACUAAAGGUUUAAACUGUGAGCUGUGUCAAGAUUUCCACCAGGAUGUACCUUGGAAACCUGCUGAAGGACGCAACAGCAAUGCUUGCCAAAAGUGUAACUGCAAUGGACAUGCUAACAAAUGUCACUUUGACAUGGCUGUGUAUUUAGCCUCUGGUAAUGUUAGUGGUGGUGUUUGUGAUGGCUGUCGGAAUAAUACAAUGGGACAGCACUGUGAACAAUGCAAACCUUUCUACUACCAGCAUCCAGAACGAAGUAUUCGUGCCAGUGACAUCUGUGAGCCUUGUAACUGUGACCCAGCUGGAUCACUGAAUGGUGGAAUCUGUGAUAGUCACACUGAUCUGGCAGCUAACCUCAUAGCAGGGCAGUGUCGCUGUAAGCUAAAUGUUGAGGGUGAGCGCUGUGAUCUGUGCAAAGAGGGUUUCUUUGGACUAAGUGCAGAUGAAGCACUGGGAUGUCAACCAUGUGCUUGUAACCAUUUGGGAACUCAUCCUGGAGGAUCUCCAUGUGAUGACAUCACAGGGAAUUGCUUCUGUAAACGUCUGGUGAUGGGCAAGAACUGCGAUCAGUGUCUGCCUCAGUACUGGGGACUCAGCAGUGAUCUGGAUGGGUGUCGCCCUUGUGACUGUGACCAAGGGGGCUCCUACAGUAAUGAUUGUUCAUCCGAGACAGGCCAGUGUCCAUGUAAAGAGCAUAUGUUUGGGCGUCAGUGCAAUGAAGUUGAAUCCGGGUUUUACUUUAUUGCAUUGGACCAUUACACCUACGAGGCUGAGGAAGCUCACCUGGGUCCAGGAGUUACUGUAAUACAGCGACAAUAUCCACAGGAUCGUUCUCCAACCUGGACAGGAAUUGGAUUUGGACGUGUUCCUGAAGGAGCAUAUCUAGAAUUCCACAUAAAUGAUAUUCCAUAUUCAAUGGAAUACGACGUGUUGAUUCGCUAUGAACCACAGCUGCCAAAGAACUGGGAGGAGGCAAAAAUAACAGUGUUAAGACCUGGUGCGAUUCAUACUGGCAGUCGAUGUGUGAAUACUAUUCCUGAUGAUGACAACCAAGUCUUCUCUUUGCCAUCAGGAUCCAGGUAUGUGGUUCUUCCUCGGCCUGUGUGCUUCGAAAAAGGACUAAACUACACCAUCCGGUUAGAAUUAACAAAAUAUUCUUCAGAUGAUGAAAUGGAUACCCCUUAUAUCUUCAUAGAUUCGCUUGUACUCAUGCCCCACUGCAGGUCAUUGGAUAUAUUUUCUACAGGAGGUUCGGGGGAGAUUGUCACAAACAGCAUGUGGGAUACCUUCCAGCGGUACCGCUGCCUUGAGAACAGUCAGAGUGUUACCAAGACUCCAAUGACUGACGUCUGCAGAGGCAUUCUGACCAGUAUAUCUUCCAUAAUCCAUGAAGGAGCUCUGCCAUGUAAUUGUGACCCUCAAGGCUCUCUCAGUUCUGUUUGCAAUCCAAAUGGUGGACAGUGUCAAUGUCGUUCCAAUGUAGUCGGCCGAAACUGUGACCGCUGUGCUCCCGCUACUUAUGGUUUUGGUCCUAGUGGCUGCAGACCAUGUGAAUGUAAUCUAGAAGGUUCUGUCAGUGAAUUUUGCCAUCAAGCUACUGGCUAUUGUCUGUGUAAGGACGGAGUCUAUGGCCAACGCUGUGACCAGUGUCAGCCUGGAUUUUGGGGAUUUCCUAGUUGCCGCCCAUGCCAGUGUAAUGGACAUGCAGAUCAUUGUGACUUGGAAACUGGAGAAUGUUUGAACUGCAGAGAUCAUACAAGUGGACAGAACUGUGAGAGCUGUCUGGCAGGUUAUUAUGGAGACCCUGUACUUGGGUCAGGUGACCAUUGCCGCCCAUGUCCUUGCCCAGAUGGGCCAAGUAGUGAGCGACAGUUUGCUGCUGGCUGUUAUCAGGAUCUUUAUUCUGGCAAUGUUGUUUGCCUCUGUAAAACUGGAUACACAGGCGCUAGAUGCGAUGAAUGUGCAUCUGGGUUUUAUGGUAACCCUAAUGAGACCAGAGGAUCUUGUCAGGAGUGUCGUUGCAACAACAAUAUUGACGUGACUGACCCAGAAUCCUGUGACAAGCGUACUGGCGAAUGUCUAAAGUGCCUGUAUCAUACAGAGGGUGAAAGCUGCAACCUCUGCAAACCUGGCUACUAUGGGAAUGCUAAGCAGCAGAACUGCAUAAAGUGUGUCUGUAAUUCCUUGGGGACAAUACAGGCCGAGUGCCCUUCUGCAGAUGAAUGCCAUUGCAAUCAAACCACUGGUCAGUGUCCUUGCCUUUCUAAUGUGGUCGGUCUAACAUGUGAUCACUGUGCACCUAAUACCUGGAAGCUAGCAAGUGGAACUGGUUGUGAACUCUGCAAUUGCAAUGAAGUCCACUCGCGUGCAUCAUCCUGUAAUGAGUUUACAGGGCAGUGUCAGUGCAUGGCUGGAUUUGGAGGACGAACUUGUAGCGACUGCCAGGAAUUCUUCUGGGGAGAUCCUGAUGUGGAAUGUUUGAAAUGUGAUUGUAAUGAACUUGGCAUCGAGACACGGCAGUGUAACCAGACAGAUGGGCACUGCGUCUGUCGAGAAGGGAUUACUGGUGAACGGUGUGAUAGAUGUGCCCGAGGAUACUUCGGUACAUUCCCUCAUUGUGAACAGUGCCACGCGUGCUUCAGUCUCUGGGAUAAAAAGAUUGAAGAGCUGACUACUCAAAGCAAACGACUUGUGGAGCAGGCUGAUGCAAUCAAAGCCAAUGGAGUUAUUGGCCCUUACCAAGAAACUGUUAACGCCAUGCAGGAAAAGAUGAAUGAGAUACAAUUGCUGCUUGCUGAAAAUCCUGCAACAGAGCCACUUAACAAUAUUGAGGAGCUUUUGGAAGAAGCCAAGAAGAAAGUGAUUCAUCUUGCAGAAAAGGUGAAUGGAAUUGAAUCAGAUCUUGCAACCACAGAAGACCAACAUAAUGUGACUGUCGCAGAACUGAAUGACCUUCAGAGUGACACUGAGGGCGUAAAAGCUAUUGUGAGUGAACUAGCAGAGCAGUUGGAAUACAUUAAGAAUUCUGAUAUCCAUGGCGCCUUGGACAGUGUCCAGAAAUACCAUGAACAAUCUGUGGAGGCCGAAAUAAAAGUUAAUGCUUCCACUACUGAUCCUGACAAUAUAUUGCUACAGUCUUCCACCAUUCGACAAAAAGUGGAUGAAAUGAUCACACAAAAUGAGGAGCAUUUUGAGGAACGGCAAAAGGAGCAUUCACAAAGUCUGGUAGAAUUGGCUGAGAAAUUGCACAAUCUAGACCUUUCACCAUUAAGCGAAAAGAUUUGUGGGAGCCCUGCAGGAAUAUCUUGUGAGGAAGCAAAGUGUGGAGGUCCAAGCUGUCGCACUGAGGACGGAAACAGAAAGUGUGGAGGACCUGGCUGUGAUGGACUUGUAACUUUGGCUCAUAAUGCAUGGCAGAAUUCUAUGGAUUUUGAUACAAAAAUCCUAAAUGCUUUGGCAGAAGUGGAUCAGCUCUCUAAAAUGGUCACUGAUGCAAAAGUUAAAGCAGAUGAGGCUAAACUCAAUGCUCAAAAAGUCCUGUUAAAAACAAAUGCCACAAAGGAAAAAGUGGAUAAAAGCAAUGAAGAUUUGAGAAAUUUAAUCAAGCAAAUCAGAGAAUUUCUUACACAGGAUGGUGCUGAUUUAGAGAGCAUUGAAGCGGUUGCCAAUGAAGUAUUGAAAUUAGAAAUGCCGACUACUCCUCAGCAGCUUCAGAACCUGACCAAUGACAUUCGUGACCGGGUGGAGAGUCUCUCAGAUGUAGAGGUGAUCCUAAACCAAAGUGCAGCAGAUAUUCAAAGAGCGGAAGCACUGUUGGAUGAGGCCAAGAGGUCUAGAAUUCAUGCAACAGAUCUUAAAGUCACAGCUGAUCGUGUAAAGGAGGCCCUACACGAAGCUGAAAGGGCACAAACUUCAGCAACAAAGGCCAUCAAACAAGCUAACGAAGACAUCGAGGGAACACAAGAUCUGCUGACUUCAAUUGAAUCUGAGACGUUUGCAUCAGAACAAAGUCUCAACAACGCUACUCUGCGCUUAGCACAGAUUGAGAAAGAUAUCACUGAUCUAAAGCAAAAGACUGCUGAAAAUACAAAUGCUGCAGAAAACAUUGGAGAAACAGCAGAGAGAGUAAAACAGGCUGCAACUGAGGCCAAACAGGUUCUUGACACUGUCCUUAAAGGAAAGUACAGUUUUGCAGAAGAGAAUGUUGGGAAAAAAACACAUGCAGCUUCUGAUGCUCAGCAGAAAGCAAAGAUGCUGCAAAAUGAGGCCGAAUCAUUGUUAGCAGAUGCAAGCCGAAAGCUGGAGUUAUUGAAGAAACUGGAAAAAAGCUAUGAAGAAAACCAAAAAGCCUUGGAAGAAAAGGCACAGCAGUUGGUAAAACUGGAAGAAGAUGUACGCACAUUGCUGCAGACAAUCAGUCAGAAAGUUGCUAUCUAUAGUACUUGUUUAUAAUGAGGAUUACUUCACAGGUAGUUAGUUACCUGUCAGUACUCUACUGAUGCUGAAGAACAAUCAAUUCCAAGCGUAAUUUUUUAAAUAAAUUGAAUGAAUUAUUAAAUGCAUCUUUUACUCAAUACAUUUUAUUGAAAUAUUUCCAGAAGCAAAUGCUUAAGAUAAAAUACAAACUAAACUCAGUAUUUUUGUAUUAUUCAUUUUAGUGACUAAAUUCAAUGAAGUAAAAAAAAUUGGUGUAGUUCACUUUUUAUAGCUAAUGUUUAACCCAUUUUUAUUUACAAUUACAUUAAACAUGGCAUGGAUUUAAUAACCAUGUAAGUAAUAUGUUUUACAGUAGCUUGUGCAGGAAUUACAUUAGACUGAAUUUGUUUGCAAAAAUAAAAUAACUUUCAUGAGAGAAGUCUUCUAGAAGCAUUUCAGUGGAAAAGGCAUUAUGCAUUUUAAUAUCAAAGGAGGACAAGGACAAUAUUCUACUUUGAUACUGAAACUGUGUUACUACCACUGCAGUCAAACUGAGCAAGCCUUCAAACUCAUGUUGAACAAAAUCAUUUCUAGAUAGUUGCAAAGCAGUGAUGUGUAUGGGUGUCAUCACCAAACCCAAGAACAUACCUAAACAAAAAUGUCCUUUAUCUGUUUCGCAAACUGGUGAAGGCCAAGAAUAUUGAAGAGUAGAUUUGCCCGUGCUCUUUUUUGUUUAUCAAUAAGGAACAAUAAAUAUUCCCACUGAUUUUACAAUUCUUAAAGGACAAGGCAUAGUGAAUAUCUAGUAAUGUCAGGUCACAACUGUGGAGAGAGAAACAGUUGUGAGCAUGCUUUAGAAAAUUUCAUCUGAUUCAGAAGCUCUGCAACAACACUAUGCCAUUUCUGCCUAAUUUGAAGUUGCAAUGUGAGGUAGAUUUUGGGGGUGGGAGAACAAUCCUAGAAUAUACAGAAUAAGGAAUGAAAAGACCAUAAGGUCACAAAUGUAGAGAUGUAAAUAAGUAAUACUAUGAUCAUCCAGUCCCAAACACAGGCACAUGAUCUUAUACACGUUUUAGUUUCGCUUUCCUUCCUCAAUUUUCUACCUUCUCCUCCAGCAGAAACAAUGCCCUUAAGUCCAGGGCAUCCAUUGUCUAUGUUCCCUUUACAUCCCCAGGCCCAUUUUAUACCUUCAUCUCUUACAGCACCUGCUGAAGGUACUGAAGAAAUUGGAAUAAAGUUUGAGGACUAGAUUUUGCUGUUAAAGACAUUGAUCUUUUUUAAUGUUCAUCACAGCCUUGAUUCUGAUUUAAUUGCCCUCUAAUACCCAGAUGACUCCGUUCUGCUGCUUGCUCUCCAAGUUUGUAAAAUUUUUUAUUCCAAAAGAAGGUAGUAACUUCCAGGGUCUGCAUUAAUACACACAACAGGGCCAAUGAUUUCAAUGACUGCUAAUGAAUGUAGUGUUUGUAUAAUUAACAAUUUUUUAUAUUUUAUUAUUUACAAUGGAUCUGAUUAAGGAUAGGAGGAAACCUCCUACGUUCAACUUUCCUCGCUACUUUGUAAAGUAAACCAUUCAGAUCAGGAAAGCUCUAGGAUAUUAUUUUAUGUCUGUCCUUUGAUCAUUUACCUUCCUCCUAUGAUCUCAAUCACAAAUACAAGUUGUGCUUAAAUUUUGCAAGGAAGUUCUGGCUGGGUUUUGUUGAGAUACAGUGCAGAACAGGCCCUUCCAGCCCUUCCAGCUGCACAGCCCAGUAAUCCCCGAUAACUCUAACCUAAUGGGACAAUUUACAAUGACCAAUUAACCUAUUAACUGGUACAGCUUUGUUCUGUGCGAGGAAACUGAAGCAUCUAAAGACAACUCAUGCAUUCUACAGGGGAGGGGGACAUACAGUCCUUACGCCGACACUCCAGAUGUAAUAGUGUUGUGCUACCAUGAUGCCCAGGCUAAGUUGUCCGAAAUUGCUGCUCUAGGCAUGCCCUGAACUACAAACAAGUUGGUGCUUUGAGGGAAAUGAACCAUAGAGUUCAAAAUAAGAUCCAAAUACAAAGAUGCAGUUCUGAAGAAUUUAUGUAGCAGAAUAAUCCAAACUACUACUGUGUCAUGGUCUUGACUUGGAUGACAAAAAGAUCAGUCUCAUUCAAAUACAAUUACUGUACAAAUAUUGGAUCACGAUGAAAAAUCUAUCCCUGUGACUGUAAAAGAUGCUGGUGUAAGCUCUGACCAAUUCAGAAAUAAAUCAGGAAUAUAAUUUCAAAUACAUUUUCCAUGUGAAGAUUGAGUUAUCCUAAAGUUCAAACAGAAGGCUAUUUGUGCUGCUCUUUGUAAUGAAAUGUUUAGCUUGAAACUUUAACCUAUUUUUCCCUU